AAUACCAGUAACACACAUAUGUGAUGUUCCAUUUCAUAUCUCAUAUCACCUACCAGCAACAUCAACAUCUGCUUCCCUUAGAAGAAUCAAUCAUCAAAAUCAAAAUGUCAGACAACAUUCCCUUGGAACUCCAAGAGCUAAUCAUCAACAAGCUUCCGGUGGAACCCUUGAUUCGAUUCCGAACAGUCUGCAAAGCACGGAAGUCCCUCAUCGACAGUUCCGAUUUCAUUCGAAAUCAUAUCAAGCAACAGAAUCAGCAACAUCUGCUCGUAAAGUAUCAAGACGCUGAGCUAAAAUAUGUUUCAAUUCCUGACAAUGAUACUGAUACUUUCCCCCAAAAUACGGCUUCUGUGACUGUUCCCCAAUUGGUAGUUAAUAUGCAUAGACAUGAAAUAACCAUUGACAGCUCCCACGGAUUAUUGUGUUUGUUCGGUUAUUUCGACAGAAAAGCGAUUAUUUGGAAUCCUUCUAUUAGGAAAGCGGUUGAUGUUGCUCUGCAUCUGUUAGAUAGGGAUGUUGAAGAGAUGUCUGCAAUUUUUUUAGGGUUUGGGGUUUGUGUGGGGACUAGGGACCCAAAGAUUGUUAAGAUUAGGAUAGAAGGUAAGGAAGGUGUGGUCCCGUGGCAGGUUGAGGUGUUUACGUUAAGCACCAGGGUUUGGAGAAGUGCGUAUAGCAGCAAUUUACCGAGUAAGUUUGUUAGAUUUGGUGGGGAACAGAUGGUUGUCGAUGGAGUUGUUUAUUGGCAGGUUAACGGGGAUGUUCGUGAUAGGGCCAAUGGUGAAGGUGGGUAUGGGAAUUUGAUUGUUUCGUUUGAUCUGACAAGUGAAGAAUUUGGAGAAGUGAAGCUUCCGGUUAGAUUAGCCAAUACUCCUUGUGGUUUGUGUAUGUUUAAGCCAAGGGAGUCACUUGCUGUGAUUGAAGGCCUUUUAGAGGACUCUAAACUGGUUUACCAUGUAUGGGUGAUGAAGGAUGGUGUUCCAAAGUUGUUUGAAAAGCUCUUCACUAUCAGUGGUCAUACACCGGAUGGAUCACUGGUUUCUUCUGUACUGGGAUUCAGGAAGGCAGGUGAGGCUUUAGUCGAAUUACAAGCUCAUCCUUUUUCCAUUAGAACACUUGCUACUUAUGAACCCUACUCUAAAGCCAUCAAUAAUCUUGGAGUUAGUGGAAGGCAUAUUUCUGUGUAUUCUUACACGGAAACACUACUUCUGCUUGAUCAGCCCGAUAUUACAAAUUAGGAAAAAGGUAUGUAGGUAUGUUAACCAAGACCUGUACCUGCUUCUUUCCAUGGUGCAUCAGCUUUUAUACGAGGAGGUCUAAUGAUUCGGUCAAUGAGUCCAUAAUCCAAAGCUUCCUGAGCAUUGAACCGUUUAAUCCGGCUUAAAUCCUUUUGAACCUGCACAUUACGGUUAAUGGGAUAAGGUCAAGCCAAAGAUACUGUGAAACAUGAACUAAUAAUUUGAUUAUAGCGACUUGAGGUCGUAAUAAUAAGUUUUUAGUGUUUGGAUAAAGCGAAUUUUGUUAUGAUUAUGAACAGUAAAACAUAUACGCA